AUGAGCGUCUUUGAGGUCCCUCUGGGUACAGGCAUAGCAUUCGCCUCGAAGUACCUCGGGAAGGAGGGCGUCUGCUUCUCGCUAUAUGGCGACGGGGCCUCCAACCAAGGCCAGGUCUACGAGGCGUUCAACAUGGCCAAACUGUGGAAAAUCCCCUGCAUCUAUGUGUGCGAGAACAAUGGAUACGGUAUGGGCACCAGUGCAGAGAGAUCGUCUGCCAGCACAAACUAUUACACGAGGGGAGACUAUGUUCCUGGUAUUUGGGUUGACGGCAUGGACGUGCUAGCAGUACGGGAAGCGACGCGAUUUGCAAUCGACUACAGCCUGCGUCAAGGUCCGCUGGUACUGGAGAUGUUCACCUAUCGCUAUAGUGGUCACAGCAUGUCGGACCCUGGCACCAGCUACAGGACAAGGGAUGAGGUCCAGGUGGUGCGACAAACCCGCGAUCCCAUCACCAUGUUCAAGGAGAAGGUCAUCAGCACCAAACUAGCCACCGAGCAGGAGGUCAAGGAUCUUGAGAAUGAAACCAAGAAGAUAAUUGAUGAAGCAACUAAAAAGGCAAGAGCUGACAGCGAGAUUCCAGUUGAAGAGCUUGCUGGUGAUGUUUAUUCAGAACCAUUGGAACAAGAUAUCAGAAAUGUUCUACCCUGGAAUCCCCUAAAGCACAAGACAGUGAUAAAACUAUGAAAUCAAAUUCGUCUGUUCCAGUACAAGAGUUACAAUUCUGAAACAAUUUUAGUGAUUGUGAUACAAAAGACUUGAAAACCUUUAAUCACUUUCCAAUCAACUAUAGACAAAAACUUGUUCAAUAUCUAUUUAAAAUAUUGUAUCCUUAUUAUGGAUAGUCUAUUUUGUAUUACCACAUAGUAUUGGAGAAGUAGGCUACAGUUUGGUACUGCACCUCUACAUGAAAAGGUUAUUAAAGUUAUCUUUCAGGAAUAUGCCAAAAUAACUUCUGUGGAACAAGCAAUUUCUUGAUGUAGGCUACUCUUGAAGUGUUUUGAUGGAAUAGGUACUUGACAAAUAUAUAUGAGUAUUCAUAUAAAAAAUUAUGUUGAUGAUAUUUUUGAUUAAUGUUAUCAUAUUCUCAACCUUUUCUAUAUUCUCAUAGUUGAAAAUAAUGAGAAUAAGAAUGGCUAAAGAAUAGAAUGUGAAAAGAAUGAAUUUGAAGAAUUACUAAUAUGAGCCUAUUAAUAAUAAUAAUGAUGACGAUUCAGGAAUCAGAAGAAUGAUUUGGAAAUGAUGUAAAUAAUGAAUUCAUUUCUUCUUGCAAAAAAACAUCAAUAAAUAUUAUAUUCACAUAUUUUUUUACAUAAUUAUAAACUGGGUUUGGUUGACGGUCCGUCAACUUUCACGACUUUUCAAAAAUUGAAAAGUCCAGAUAUUGGCGCCAGAGAAUUCCCGGUAAAACAAUCAUUAGGUGCGUACAGAUAUACGCACCGCGAAGAUACAGAUAUAAAAAGAUUGACAUCAGUCGAUUAAAAGUGAAUUACUCAUGUUCGCGGCGCGUAAAUCUGUACGCACCUAUCGAUUUACUGCAGCGUCCACAAAAAUAUCGACACUUUUUCACAUUCUUCGAAAAAAUCAAUAAUGCCUACUAUCUGUUCGAGCAAUUUCUGAUUCCUAGAAGCUUUCAUCCCGACAUAGUGCUCUCAGAGAGACUUUCUGCGAUAGUCUACAGAAGAAGAAAAGUUGAUUAUAUUCAUUUUUUAUUAUUUUCCAAGUAAUUUUAAACAUUCAUUAAACAAGUAAAAUUAUUUUUCGUCUGGUAAUGUGUGAAAAUAAAUAAUAUUACCAGUGCUUUCAAAAUGAACGUUGAAUAAAUAGAUGUUAUUUGAAAGGCAGUUGUUGAUUGCGGCUUGCUUUGUUGUUGUGUUCGUUGUUCUUCCGGCAGCAAACUGCAUUUUUAAAAAAUCAUUUUGUAACUUGUAUCAAAUUAUUAUAGAUAAAACUGUAAUAACUAGUGAAAUCUAGCAUUGCCAGAUAAUAAAUAUAUACAGUUUGUUACCGUA